ACCCCCCCCACCCCGAAGUAUAUGUCUUGUUUCAAUGAAAGUGUGACUACAUCAAAGAGCAUGAAUUUCCAUUUAGAAACAUCUCAACUCUGUGUGCAAACAUAUGCAAAAUACCCUUUAUUUAAACACAGUGCAGCACACAAAAAAGGAUACAACUCACAUUUUUAAGCUUAAUGCUAUAUCUUGUUUCAUAAUGAAAGAACUUCUUGAAAGAAAAAACAAGAUUUCAUCAACAUGCUGUAGGUAAUUCUGGGAUUUUAUGCCACAGGGGGAAGUUAGAUGUCUUCUUUCUGUAUCGUACUCUCUGUAUUUAAAUUAGGACUCACUACUUUUUCAUUUGAUUCACCAAAACUGUAAGAGUCAAACUCACAUCACAACAUGUCACUUAACCGCAGUAAAACCAAAUGAGUGCAACAAGUCUGAUUCACCCAUUGUUCAUAAAUUAUCUCUGAAUGUUUACGCAUGUAAGCUGUGGUCACAUAUACCAGUCACAACCAACCGUCUUGUUUUUAUUCUCUCAGUGUUUUUUCCAUGAGAUUAAAAACAAUUCAAAAUCAAUCUCUGUCAAAUCUUGUGCAGGUUUUUCCAAACAGUCGAGACAACUCAAAACUACUCUGUUCCACUGCUCAUUCUUUCAUGUGUAUCUCUGUCUCUCUUUACUUGUGUUAGCUAUACUGACGUGUGUUGUUGUUUAAGGUGUGUUGACCAUAAAGUCACCUGGUGAGGCCUCUUGGUGCAAUUAAAAGCCUAGAGGAAAAUCAACCCUCAAAUCCUUACUGUCCUUCACAGUGAGUACUUUGACUUUGGAUAUUUACUUGUUUUUUAAGGCUAGGUCUAAUACUUUGAGUUAAUACUUGUUUUAUAGGUCGCGUGGCAAACCUAAUUAGGCUACAGUGACUAACCUUUAAGUUAAAUAGAAAGCAACAAGUGAAAUGUCAUUCUGACAUUCAUGCUUGGGUAUUCACAUUUUUUACUCUGCUACAUUUCAGAAGACAUUACCGUAUGCUUCACUGCAAAAUAGCAGCACUAUCUUCAUUGCAGAUUAAUAUAUUAUUCAUGAAAUCUGAUGCAUUACACAACAUGAGACAGAAUAAUUACACAUAACACCUGGACAGGUGGAGGUGUUGACAGAAGUUGUCAUUUAACACUUUGACAAUGAUUAUCCUCAACACUAAGUACUUUUAUUUUCAGCUCCUACUUGUACUUAAUGUACUUUGAUGUUGCCAAUGUAGAUACUUAAUUAGUCUACAGGAACAGGUUAUGUAGGAAGUAACUGACCAUAUUUACAUAUUUACUACUGUAAUUACGCCUUAUAUUUUUGAUAUAUUGUAUGUUCUUCUGUGAAAUAGCCGUACUGUUCUUUGCAGAUGAAUAUUUGCCUUGCAAAUCAAGAGCUCGUAAAUAUAAUGCAUCAUAGUACUUCACAUUACACAGAUAUUACAUAACAGCACCUGGGACAAGGGUUGUUCUUCAAGUUAUCACUUGUCACUUUGGCAGGAAGUAUGCUUCACAUGUUACUGUGUGAUGCCCACACGCAGAAAUGACCACUGAUCAGGAUUUACCCAUGGAUGCCCAGUCAGCCACACUCAUGUUUGCUGCAAAGGGCAUCGAUGUAACACCCAAUAAAGACCAAGGAGUUAUAAAGGUUGUAAAGCGUCCAGGCUUAGAUGGAGACCGACCGAUGAUUGGAGACAGAGUGACUGUCCACUACACGGGAAAACUGCUCACGGGGAAGAAGUUUGACUGCAGUCGAGAUCGCAAAGAACCUUUUUGCUUCAAUGUGGGCAAGGGACAAGUCCUGAAGGCCUGGGACGUUGGUGUGUUGUCCAUGCAGAAAGGUGAGGUGUGCACGUUACUGUGUCAACCAGAGUAUGCUUACGGACCUGCUGGAAAUCCCGACAAAAUUCCUCCCAGCUCUCCAGUAGUGUUUGAGAUGGAGCUACUCAAGUUCGAAGGAGAGAUGCUCACAGAUGACGGCGGCAUCAUAAGAAGAAUAAAGGUCAAAGGGGACGGUUACACUAAUCCCAACGAUGGAGCAAGUGUUGACGUGCACCUGGAGGGGAGCUGUGGUGGUCGACUGUUUGACUGCAGGGAUGUUAGCUUUAUCGUCGGCGAGGCUGAAGAUAAAGGCGUUCCUCUGGGAGUGGACCGAGCCAUGGACAAGAUGCAGAGAGGAGAGUGCUGUGUACUUUACUUAAAACCAAACUAUGGCUUUGGAAGUGAAGGUAAAGCAGAAUACAAAAUAGGACCAGACAAAGACAUUGUAUAUGAAGUUACCCUCAAAGACUUUCAAAGGGCUAAAGAAUCCUGGGAAAUGGACUUGAAUGAAAAGCUGGAUUUGGCUGCUGGAGUGAAGCAUAAAGGGAAUCAGUAUUUUAAGUCAGGGCGGUACUUCCAGGCAGUCAUCCAGUACCAACGCAUUGUUUCCUGGCUAGAGAUGGAGUGUGGUACAGGGAUAGAGCAGCAGAAGAGGAUACAAGACUUUAUUUUGACGGCCCACCUCAAUUUAGCGUUGUGUUUCCUGCGGAUAAAAGAGUACUCACAAGUAGUGGAGAACUGCAAUAAGGUUAUUGAGCUUGACGAGAGCAAUGAGAAGGCUUUGUAUCGUCGCGGGGAAGCGCGUCUCCUCCGCAACGAGUUCAGCCUGGCCAUGGCAGACUUUCAGCAAGUGCUUCAAGUCAACCCCUCAAAUCGGGCAGCUCGUGCUCAGAUUUCCAUCUGCCAGAGCAAGAUUAAGGAACAUCAUGAACAGGACAAGAGGACCUACGCCAACAUGUUCCAGAAAUUUGCAGAACGGGAUGCCAAGGUUGGGAGGCCGAAGAGGAGGAGGGAUGAGAGCGUGAGGAGCGGCAUGAAUGGCGAGGUGGGCAUUAAACGACGGCGGAGGAGUCAGGACUGUCCAUCGUAACAAUGACAUUUGAAAGGGAGAAAAACAGGGACAUUCCUCCCUUUGCUUUCCAGGCCCAGGGAGCAGAAGCAGGAAUGAAGUCGUAUAAAAGCCUCUAAUCCAAACCUCUUUAUCCCAAAAUCCAGCGUUACCAUUCCUGCAUAUAAAACAGAGUGUAAGCAGGGACAUUUGCAAGCCAAACAGCAUUUCCCCUGUCACGUGGACUGUGCAACUGCCAGGACGUACCUCCUGGUGGAUUCAAUACUGCAAAAUCAGUGAGUUAAGAUUUGGUGAACACUUCUAGCCCCUCACCCCUUAAAAAAGAUAGUUUCUUCAAAAACACAGAGGAAUUACAGUUUAUUAUUUCAUUAGGCUACUGUGUAGAGUUGAGAUGUGCCUCCACGGUGUGUUUCUGAUUCCAACACUGCACUCAUUGGUUUUCAGACCUCAGACUUGUAUUUGGUAUUAAGCCUUUUCUUGGGCAGCUGCAUGCAUGUGUCACAAGGUGUUUGGGAUUCAGGCUUGAAACUUUGCUAUAUAUAUAUAUAUAUAUAUAUAUAUAUAUAUAUAUAUUUUUUUUUUUUUUUUUUUUUAAAUGUGCAAUAUGUACUUUGAAUAAAAGGUGUAACAUGUCCUGUCAGAUCAAUGGCAUUUUAAAAACUCCACAAUCAAUUCAAAAAUGUAAGAAGAUUAAUUUUAAUGGUGGGAAAUACAGAAAUACUUAAAUUCUACAAUUCAAGGACUCAAAAAACUUAAAUUCUCCCCCAGACAUAAACCUCGAAUAUUGUCAGAAAUCACUGAAAAAGUUCCCAGACACCAGAAGCAGAGAGAAGAAUCUGAAAAACGCACAAAUUAGAGAUACUAAAAUAUACAAAAAUAUAAAUCUGUAAUUUUAGCGUUCUGGCAAAUUCACAAUUUACUGUAUUUGGUUAGCUGCUACACAUGAAGGCAAAGCAGUGCAUCUUUUUUUUUAAAAGCCUAUGACAAAACCUAAACUGCCUUGUAGAGACAUUAUUUACAGAAUUGCAAUUCAAAUGUAGUCUUGUGUUUUGGGCAAGAAUGAGGCAUUGUUUUUCCAAGAUGGGUUAAUACCACGAUCAUGCACUAAAAUAAUUUAUUCAUGAAUAGACGCGUGAUAGGUGAUUAGUAAUUUGUUUAAAUCGUAUAUAUUUUAUCUACAAAAACACAUGGGGCUGUAUAAACAGUUAUAAUGAUGAGAUCAGUGUGGUUUUUCUAGAUGAUCAAGGGAAACAACUGAUGAUUGGCAUCUAUGGGAGUGAAAACAUAAUUUUAUAGACUGAUAUUUUAAGCUGGUGGCAGCUGCAAAACCUUUGAUUAAAAAAUAAAAAAUAAAAAAAAAUGUUAAAAUACAUAUAUAUAAAUUUAAAUGUUUCCGCUCCUGAGCUUUGGUGCAUUUAAGUGAUUGAUGACUCAAAGUUUCUUCUUCUGUUGCACUCACUGUAUGUUGAUUUAUCAGCUAACAGCAUGGCACAAUCGUCAGCGCACAUAAAAUCUUCGUUCAGCAGGUGAAUACACGCAGCAUUACUUCAAAAAUCCUCAUAAUCAUGACUCAAACUUCCCACAGGAGGAGGCGUUUGAUCAUAAAAUCACUCCCACCAUUCCCACCAUUUUGUAUUUGACAGGGCAGACACACUAGUAUUGACUCUGUGAGUGCAAAUUGGGAGAGGGACACAGAAACUGCAGUUAAGCUUUAAAAUCUCCAGAACCACAGUUUUCUCUCAAUAUUUUAUAAAUGUCAUGAAUUUUUCAACUGGUAAUGUGAUCAACUACAGAAUUUUACAUCUGAGUAGAUCUUUUCGCCGCAGUCCCAGAAAAGGUGUCUUUUUAUUUCACUGCAUCUAUUUUAUUUUUUUUAAAUGUGUGAAUGUCAGGUGAUAGUGGACAAUUAUACACUUUGGUGACUGUCAAACCAACACUGUUAUCUUUUCAUGAAAUGUCUGGAUACAGUCUGGACAAUGGUGAUGUUUUAUAAACAUUGGUCGGUUCAGAAUGAAAACCCUAGCUGUCUUAAAUAUUUUGUGUAAAAAAUCAACAGUGUGUAUGUGUGUGUGUGUGUGUGUGUGUGUGUGUGUGUGUGUGUGUUAAUAUAUAUUGUUCUAUGUUAGCAAGGUUUUUAAACAGCUUGUUGCUAAAUGUUUUCAAGUACUGCCGGCUCUAAACAUUCAAACAUUUUGUACAGUGGAAAUGGGCAUGAAGUACUUUUUUUCCUAGCAAUUAUAUAGACUAUUUAUCCCCCCACUGUUAACUACAAAUAGAUUUACAGGCCUACAUUCAUCAUUUUGAUAACUUGAAGGUGUAAAUUUCAGGAAAAAUUUGGGAGCUUUUGAUGACUUAAACUGCAGCACAGCUGAUGUGAGUUUGGUUUUAUUAGAAAGUGAAGUUUUAUGUCGUACAAAAUGUUUACAUGUAUUCAAAGGAUCAUCGCCCUGUAAAGCAAAGUGUGAUCAAUGUUUUAAACCGGCAUUUAUGCAAAAGAAAUAUUUUCAGACAAAAAACUACGUAAGGUACCUUUGUUCAUGUCUUCUUUAUAUAUUUUUUUAUUUUUUUGCACUUUAAAAGCAUUAAAUAAAGAGUUGCAUUUAAAGAAA